AUGUCCGCCGAAGGCCCCGAAUCAAUGCCCACCUCCGCAGACCCCCGCUCCAAGCGUCCCACAAAGAAACGCGCCCUCACCCCAACAUCCGCCCAAGCCGCCUCCCUCGACGCCCUCUUCGCAAAGCCCGACCAAGAGAUCCGCAUCCCUCCUCCCCCCAGCGCCCUCGCCCCGGGAAGCAAACGGCCCCCGCCCCCGGAAAUCGUCACAAACGUCCAGGGCUCCAGCGCCGGCGCCGGCUCCGGCGAGUUCCACGUCUACAAGGCCGCUCGUAGGCGCGAGUACGAGCGUCUGAGGGAGAUGGACGAGGAGGUCAAGCGGGAGCGCGAGCAGGCUGAGUUUGAAAAGAGCAGGGCGGAGAAGCUGCGCAGGGACGAGGAGAAGACGAGGAAGAAUCGCGAGAAGAGGGAAAAGGCCAAGGCGCGGAAGAUGAACAAGGGCAAAGGGGGUGAUGAUGCAAAUGGCAAUGGGACGACGGCAUCAGCGGCGUCCGGAGCCGACGACUCUUCGCGAGAAAAGGGGAAGCCGGACACGGAGGACAACGGAAGGAAUGGCAGUGCGAACGCGACAGCCGCUUCUGCAGAGCCUGCGGUUGGUCUCGUCAUCCACGACGAUGACUGA